UUUUGUUGUGAAAUCUGGCAACCCUCGACACAAGCUCAGAGGCCUCUGCACACAAGAACGUAACAUCACGAACAUACUCUUAACCACCAUUUGGAGAAACGAGAAAAAGAAGUAGGAACGAGAAGAAAUAUUAACCGCAGAUAAUUUCGAAGAUGAUAGUAAGAUGCUGUGUCAUUUAUUUACUUCUGCAUCUAACAAGCAAAGUGUCUCUGCAGGACUCUGCAAAUACAUUUGAUCGUGUUGUUGGAGACUCGGUCACCUUGCCAUGCAUAUAUGUGAAUCAACAGCCAAGUACUGAUGUACUUUGGCGACUCAAUGCAAGCAUAGAAGUGUUAAAUAUUAUAGAUGGAAACCCCUCAACAGAAAAGCAGGAUGGAAUAUUCAGGAAUAGAAUAGAAAGUUUUCCCUCAGAGUAUGCAAAGGGAAACUACUCGAUUAAACUGAAAGAUCUGAAUUUCAAUCAUGCAGGAAUCUACACUUGUUUUUUACAAAAGUCAAAUGAGAAAAAGAGGAUGCAGCUUUAUAUAAAAGAAAAGCCUGAUACAGAAAAGCCAACAGAAAUGGAAGCAGACAGAACUGUCAGCGAUUCUUUAUAUUCUAAUGUCACGCAUUUUGAAAAUCUCUGUCGCCGAUUGUGCAGUGUGAACACAGCAGUGACUGAAUGCUGGCCAAGAUAGUUCUGCAGUGUGAAAAGAACAGUGACCCGACUACUUUUGAAAAUUGUGCAGUCUGAGCUCGGCUUUAUUCUACGUGCUUAAGAUGUGUUUUUUUCUUCUACAUGUUAUCUUAAUGGGUUUUUGCCUUGUUUUAAUUUUAGUUUUAGUAUAACAUUAUAAUAAUAUAAUUUAUAUUUUUACUUUAAUUAUUUAAAGAAGAAACCAAUCAAAAGUAUAUUUCACUUUUGAGGCUUAAUACUUUAGAAAAAAUACUUAAAGUUUUUCAGUUAGAGCGUUUUUUAUCUCAAUGAUACGGCACGCAGUUGCAUCAAACAAUGGUAUAAACAUCAUGCAAUGUAAAUUGUGAAAAUUGUUAUAAUUUCAAGGGAAUAAUCGACAAUUAUGACUUUUGUAAUAAUCGUGCAGCCCUAUAAUGUAGUACUUUGUACAAAUAACUACUAACUCAUAUCAUGAAGUGUAUCACGAAGUAUGUUGGUCAUGUUGCCUAUAGUAUUGAACAGACAAGCUAUUUUAUGUGUGUUUAUUUUCUGUUAUCUUCGAAGUGUUCGUUUUUUAACAAUCUGCUAAAACAUUAAAAAUAGUGAUUAAAAAAUUA